GUGGUGUGAGCGUGCAGGUUUUGCUUUCUCUCUUUUCCUUGGAGUUCACACCAUCUGCCUGUCUCUUCCUUUCGUUCUGGCUGGAUUUUCAGGACGCUGCUGGAUUUUCUCCUGCUUGAACGUGAUGCGCUUGCCGUUCAUGAAGAAGCUCAACAUUGAGGAGUUUGAGUUCAGCCAGUCCUACCUUUUCUUUUGGGACAAGAUUGAGCGCUGUUACUACUUCCUGCAUGCGUUUAUCGAAACCGCGUACGAACCUGUCGAUGGGCGGUUGGUGCAGUUCCUGCUUACCAACCCCUGCAAUGAUGGCGGCCAGUGGGACAUGCUCGUGAACAUCAUUGAAAAGUAUGGCGUUGUUCCCAAGAAGGUUUUCCCUGAAUCAAAUACCUCGGAGGCCUCCAGACGGAUGAAUGAGAUUCUGAACAAUAAGAUGCGGGAGUAUUGCCUCCGACUAAGAAACAUGGUGGAGACAGGAUGCAGCAAGGAGGAGCUUUUGGCAGCCGUGGACACCAUGAUAGAGGAGGUCUUCCGGGUCGUCAGCAUCUGCCUGGGGAACCCUCCCACCACCUUCUGCUGGGAAUAUUACGACAAGGAGAAGAAUUAUCACAAGAUCGGGCCGAUCACCCCUGUGAAGUUUUACCAGGAUCACAUCAAGCCAGUCUAUGACAUGGAGAGCAAGGUGUGCCUGGUGAAUGAUCCUCGUCCCCGAAACAAAUACGGCCAGCUCUACACGGUGGAGUAUCUGGGCAACAUGGUUGGCGGGAGGAGGACGCUUUACAACAACCAGCCGGUCGAGCUCCUGAAAAAGAUGGUGGCAGCGUCCAUUCAGGAUGGAGAGGCUGUGUGGUUUGGCUGUGAUGUUGGAAAAUGUUUUAACAGCAAACUGGGCAUCAAUGAUUUGAAGAUAUACAAUCACGAGCUGAUGUUUGGUGUGUCAAUCAAGAAUCUGAAGAAAGAUGAGCGGCUCAUUUUUGGGGACUCUAUGAUGACGCAUGCCAUGGUCAUUACUGCGUUCACGAAGAAAGAAGACCCAGAAGAUGGUUAUGAGAAGUGGCGCGUGGAGAAUUCGUGGGGCGAAGACCGUGGGAAUAAAGGUUACCUCAUCAUGACGGACGACUGGUUCUCCGAGUUCGUGUACGAAGUGGUGGUUGACCAGAAGCACGUGGCAGAGGACGUCCUGGCAGUGUUGCGGCAAGAGCCCAUUUGUCUGCCCGCGUGGGAUCCCAUGGGGGCGCUGGCCGACUGAGCGGUUGGGAGAAGGGGGGAUUGCCCCCUCCUUCUGGUCAGCCUCAGAGCCGGCCGGGGGGCCUGCAGCCAAGCCCUCCCAAGGGCCGUGUCCCCAGCUAGAGGUGCUAAUGUUCAGCGGUGCUCCUGUGCGGGCCUCGGAAGAAGCCGUCCUCCUCUGACCGGGGGACGCCUGCCUCAGCGUGCGGGCUUUUCAUUGUAAUACCAUACAACCUUUCUUUUAAAAUUGCUUUUAAAACUCGUAUUAAUGCACUCAUUUUAAACUUUGGAAGUAAUUAUUUUGAACAAGCUGUAAAAAAAAAUGGAUAUGGAGUGAUUUUGGUGUGACUGUUUCUCUAGCAUAAACGGAGGUAUCGUACCAUCGUAUCGAGAUGAACUGCUUGUUGGGCCUCCCUCGGACUCCUAGCCUGCUGCCUUGUCAAAGGAUAAGAUUAGGGACGAGGCUUGUCUCUUUCCUAUCCAGGAGCUUCCACCUGUCCAUCUUUUCCAAUGAGAUACAGCUCUGGUCUUCCACAACCCGAUGGCCUUCAGAUUCCUUGCUGAAAGUCCACCUCAUCUGGAGGGCAUCAGGUUGCAGAAGACGGUCUCAAUUAGCUGAUUUUUGCCUUCUGUUCAGCAGAAUUCCCGUUGGUGGGAUCUCCCCUUCCAGCAGUGAGGCACCAUGAACAGUGGUUCAACAGGUCAGCAAAGAUCCCCAGCGAAAGGAAAACGCAGGAAAAAAAAUGCAUUUCAUGUGAAUGCCCUCAACAACUCUAUGGUGCUAUGAAGUAUUUUAAUUAAAAGACUUGGCUGAAUGAC